GCACCGCCGGCCCCCCUAGACGAGACACAGCCCCACUCUGGAUAACACCCCCACGGCGCUUACACACAGGGCCACAGGGAGACGGCCCCCGGGACAACAGCAAGGGCACCAGAGGGGAGACUCGGAGACCGGGUGGUCCGCACGGGACCCCCUCUAGCAAGGGUCCGGCCACCGCCGAAGGGGGAGGAGCCUCUCUGCACGCGGAUACCAGCAACAGGAAGGGAUUAGAGACGACGACAGAUUGGGACUGGAUCACAGGACGGACGGACCGAGGAUUUCCUUUCUUCCUGUGUUGUGGUUGGAUUCUGCUCUCUGAUUGGAGGAGAGCAGCGUGGCCUCUAACCCGGGUCACUAAGGAGGGACAGGGGCCGCCCCCGCCCGCAGACAUGAAGUACAGCUACCCCCUUCCCGGGACGUACUCCAGCAGCGCGCAGUACACCCCCACCCAGUACACCCCCACCCAGUACACCACCUCAAAGUACACCCCCACCCAGUACACCACCUCAAAGUACACACCAGCGCAGUACACCACCUCAAAGUACACACCAGCGCAGUACACCACCUCAAAGUACACACCAGCGCAGUACACCACCUCAAAGUACACGCCCUCGCUCUACCUGCCCUCGGUCACCUCCACCGCCAGGUACACGCCCACCGCCACCUACGGCUCCUCCCUCUGCAGCCCCUCGUCGCACUACGCGCCGUCCUACAAGUCGGCGGCGGCGGCGGCGUACGUCCCGUCGUACACUCGGGGCUCGCGGGGCGCGACCACGCGGCGCUCCAAGGCGCAGGACGCCCCCCCGCCGCCCGCCGCCGCCCCCGCGCCCGCCGCCCCCCUGGCCCCGCCCCCGCGCGCCGUGCACUUCCCCAACGACAUCAUCUUCCAGGACCUGGUGCGGCGUGGCGAAAUGGAGCAGAUCGGGAGGUUCAUGAGGGCGCGGAAGGUGCGCCUCGACACGCUGUUCCACUCAGGCAUGGCCCCGCUCCACGAGGCGGUUCUGACCGGUAACCUGGAGGUGGUGAAGGAGCUGAUCCGCUACGGCGCCGACGUCCACCAGAGGGACGAGGACGGCUGGACGCCGCUGCACAUGGCGUGCAGCGACGGCUUCCCCCUCAUCGCCAGCUUCCUGCUGUCGGCGGGGGGCAGCCGGGAGGCCCAGAACAACAACGGGGAGAAGCCUGCCGACCUCAUCGACCCCGACUACAAGGAGCUGGCCCAGCUGUUUGAGACGGGCUGUGUGUGACUCCCGACCGGCCCAGAGCCGCCACUGGAGGAACAUAAAGACAUUGUCCCUGCAGAGAGAGCGUCAGACUCUGAACCGCGCUCUGCGUACACCUGGGUGGAAGCGGGCGGCUUCACACCGUUGACAGAUUUAAGAUUUGUAAAGCCUUUCCUUUUCUGCUUUUUUUUGGUUGUAUUUUUUCUUCCAGGGUUGUUGCUUUACAGGCAUUUAUUUUUUUACGAAGCAGAAGAUUAUACAUAUUCUCUCUGAUCUGUUGCCAAUGCCUACCAAGACGUUUCAGGUACUCAGCUAUGCCCCCCCCGCCCCUCCAAGUCUGUGUAGAAGGCUCUUGCAUUGGGCAGAAUGUGUCCUUUUGUCCGUGUUAUGUCUCCUUACUGCUGGGCAGAGAGGUAUAGCAGACUAGUAGCAAUGCACUCGGAACACUUUGACUACAGCCUGCCUUCCCCCUGGGCAUUAUACUGUCAUUGUGCUUUUUUGUCUUUUCACUACAAUUGUUGUUGUGUUAUAUAUAUGAGGCAUAUACAUUCAUGAUAAAGUCAGUAAUGAAAGUCUUAUAUAUUGAUGUUCAAUAAUUAUUUUUGUACAUGUUUUCAUAAAUAAAGACAUAUUUUAUGA